AUGCACGCCAGCAUCUGCACACUUAGCACGGGCGUGCAAACACACUGUGGGCACAUCCCUUGCCCAAGUCUGCAGCCCCCCGAGGGCCAGACCAAACUCCACCUGGACCCCCGACCUUCCUGUGAGCUGAACCGCCAGUCUCAAGGGUGCUGGGGGCAGGGUGCAGUUGCUGAGUUCUUCGGAGCAGCUUUCAUCGAUGUCCCCUUUCAGCAUGAUCGUGGCAGGACCCCCUGGAACCAACCGCUGUGCCCUCUCUCCCCUGCAGCCAGCGACCGGGACUCACCGGAGACGGGUGAAGAGAUGGGCCGUGCCGAGGGCGCCUGGCCACGGGGCCCCAGGCCGGGAGCAGUGCAGCGGGAGGUGGCGGAGCUGGCGGCGCGGGGCCCGGUGGCCGGCGCGGAGGAGGCGGCGGAGCUGGCCGAGGCCCCCGCAGCAGGGGCCGGGGAGGUGCGCGGUGGCGUUGGCGUUGGUGGCAGUCGCAAGAAGAAGACUCGCACGGUCUUCUCCCGCAGCCAGGUCUUCCAGCUUGAGUCCACCUUCGAUCUGAAGCGCUACCUGAGCAGCGCCGAGCGCGCUGGCCUCGCCGCCUCCCUGCAGCUCACCGAGACCCAGGUCAAGAUCUGGUUCCAGAACCGCCGCAACAAGUGGAAACGGCAGCUGGCGGCCGAGCUGGAGGCGGCCAGCCUGUCCCCGCCGGGCGCGCAGCGCCUCGUCCGCGUGCCGGUGCUCUACCACGAAAGUCCCCCAGCCGCGGCCGCCGCCGGGCCCCCGGCUGCCCUGCCCUUCCCGCUGGCGCCUGCCGCGCCCGCGCCGCCCCCGCCGCUGCUUGGCUUCUCUGGGGCCCUCGCCUAUCCGCUGGCCACCUUCCCGGCCGCUGCCUCUGUGCCCUUUCUGCGGGCGCAGAUGCCUGGCCUGGUGUGA